AUGAAGAGCCCUGGGGGCCCCCCCUCCCCAGGGCCCCCACCAUCAGCUGCUGUUGCUGCUGCUGCUUUGAAUGUGCAGAGGGUAGAAGCGGACAGCAGCGAGAUCGCAGCAGGAGCAGCAGGAGGAGCAGCAGGUGCAGCUGCAGUAGCAGCAGCAGAUGCCGUACCCCGUUUGCUGCAAUGCUUACUACCCCCAGAGCUAAGUAAAUGGCUGGAGGUUGAGAUAAAUGGUUUAGCUGCUUUCUUAAGAUCAAAGGCUUCUCUUCCUUCAUCUUCUUCCUAUGAGGGGGCCCCUGGGGGCCCCCUGGGUAUCGAGUGGCAGCGAAGUUGCUGCAGCAAUUCAGAAGCGCUUUACCCUCUUCAAGAAGCUGUCACUGCGCAGUUCUCCUUACUAGCAGGAGAGGCCUGGGAGGCCCUAGGGGCCCCGUUAGGGGCCCCCCUGGGGGGCCCCUGGGGGGCCCCCCAAGGGGCCCCCUUGGGGGCCCUAGGGGGCCCCUUGAACGACCCUUUUAGGGGCCCCUCUGAUGGCUGCAACUCGCCUCCCUGCGAGCUGCUGCAGACAGAAGGAGAGCAGCAGCUACUGUCUGCAGGAGAAGCAAGCGGCUUGCUGCAGUGUUUGCUGCCGCUAGCAGCAGCAAAAGUGUGCAGAGCAGCAACAGGGCAACAGGAAGACGAGCAGCAGCAGCAACAGCAGCAGCAUGCAGCAGCAGGAACAACCAUCUAUUCAGUGCUCCCGCAGCCAGCGGCAGAUAAGGUGGAGCAGCUGCAGCGGGGUGCCUCUUCAGCAGCAGCAGCAGCAGCAGCAGCAGCAGCAAAGGGAAACAAACCCGACAGCAAGACCCAGCCAGCAGCAACUAAAGAAGAAAGCUGUCUCCUCGCCUGCAGCGGGCCUCUACAGACGGUAGAUGCCCCCUCACUAGGCACACCAGCAGCAGCAGCAGCAGCAGAGGAGCAUGUGAAGCAGCAAGGGACCGAAGACCGAAGGAGACAGCUGCUGCAGCAAAUACUAAGCAGCCGGGAGCAGCUCCUGCUGCUCGCGAGGCAGGCUGAGUCGGAGGCCCCAGCAGCAGCAGCAGCAGAAGCAGCAGCAACAGGGCGUGCCGAUGUCCCUCAGGAGCACAUGCAGCAACAACAGCAGCAGCAGCAGCAGCAGCAGCAGCAGCAGCAGCAAUUGAGAGAGCGGAUGAGGGCUGAACUGCGGCGCGGCGCUGUUGCUGCUUUUAAUUUGUGCUGCUUAGAUUAUGUGAAGAGAGAAGAUACUCCGAAGGGAGACAAAGCAGCAGCAGCAACAGCAGCUGCAGCAACAGACGCUGCUGCACUGCCUUCUCAGCCAGGCGAGGGCACCGGGGGAGCGCGUUCGCUGCUGCAGCAGCAGCAGCAGCAGCAGCAGCAGGGGUUAGCAGCAGCAGCAGCAGCAGGAGUGGAUACGCUGCUGCCGCUUGCGGUGCUGCCUGAUGAUGUUGUAGAGCCCCUUAACUGCCCCCUCUUUGCUGCAGCAGCAGAUUCAGAGUGCUGCCCCCUCCCGCCUCCCUCUUCGCCUUUGUCUACAGAGUCAAGCGGGCCUGAAGAGCAGCAGGAGCAGGAGCAGCAGCAGCAGCAGCAGCAGGAGCAGCAGCAGCAGAAGGGGCCUGCGUUGGGAGGGAACCCCUGGAUGCUGCAGCAGCUCGCCUUUGAUGGCAGGCGCAGCGCCUUCGUUGUCUCGCUCUCGCAACCCAGCAGCAGCAGCAACAGCAGCAGCAGCAGCAGCAGCAGCAGCAGCAGAACUGUGGUGCGUCGGCGGAAGGUAUUUUCGUGUUUGUGCCGCAGCCGCCAGAAGACAGCAGCAGUUGCAGCAAAAUAUGCGCAGCUCCGGCAGCAGGCUGAGCUGCUGCCCGAGGAGACAGCUGCUGCUGAAGUCCUUUCGGAAGAGGGGUUAACAGACGAGGAGACACCUGCUGCAGCAGCUGCAGCAGCAGCAGCAGCAGGUGGUGCUGAUCCUGCAGCAGCAUCUGGGGAUAAAGCUGCAGCAGCAACGCCCUACAGCAGCAGCAGCAGCAGCAGGAACAGCAAUUGGAGCAGAGGCACUGGUGAGUUGCUGCAGGAGGUGCGCGCUCGGCUGCAGCUGCUGCAGCUUCGGCAGCAACGGGAAGCGCUGCAGCAGCAGCGAGACCUCUUCUAUCUUGCUGCUUCUGAAGGCUGCUGGCUGCGUAGAGAUACUGCUCUGCUGGGGGCCCCCUACCCUUUAAACGCACUGCCGUGGCAGCAUCACUUGGGGCCCCCCCCUGCAGGCGUUCAUCAGGGUGGGGGCCAGGGGCCCCCCGAACCAGCAGCAGCAGCAGCAGUUGCUGCUGCUGCUGCUGGUGCUGCUGCAGCGGGGAAGCCAGGGGGGCCCCCUAAGUGCAACGGCAGCAGCAGAUAUGGGUUCAUUACACCUGGGGAGUGCUGCAAGGGGGGCCCUGCAGACACAGGAGAAGAGGGCCCGCAUGCAGCAGGAGUUAAAGGAUGCACAGCAGCAGCAUCAGCACCAGCAGCAGCACCAGCAGCACCAGCAGCACCAGCAGCAGCAGCAGCGGCAGCAGACGCAUUGAGGGCCCCUUCAAGCUGCUUUCAAGCAGCAGCAGGGCCCCCCACUACCCACGCUCCACCCUUUUUAGGGGAUCCCCCUAACUCUAAGCCCUGGCCGAGGGCCCCCGUCUCAAGGGCCCCCUAUACCUGCUACCCUGUAGAGGAGGCCCCCUGCUUAGGGGGCCCCCUAUGUGGGGGCCCCCUACCCCUUCUGAGGGGCCCCCACAUAGGGGGCCCCGCGGAAGGGGUAGGGGCCCCCCAUGAGGGUACAGAUGGAGAGACAAGACAAAGAGAAAGGCGAAAUGCAGCAGCAGUAAAACCAUCAGAUGCUGCUGCUGCUCCUGCUGCUGAGGGGCUCCCUGGGAGUCCUCCUGCCUGGGCUGCUGAAACUGCUGGAGAUAAUGCAGCAGCAGCAGCAGACCCAGCAGCAGCAGCAGCAGAUUCAGCAGCAGCAGCAGCAGCAGAUGCAGCGCGGGAAGCAGCAACAACUGGAACGGAAGGCAAACAAGGCGGCGCUACCGACGGGGCCACUGGGCCCUGCAGCAGCAGCAACAGCAGCGGCUGCUGCAGCAGCAGCAGCGGCAACAGCAGCGACUGCAGCAGCAGCAGCAGCAGCGGCUGCAGCAGCGGCUGCAGCAGCAGCCUCCGAGAAGGCGAGUGUGCUGCUCGUGGGGGCGAAGCCUCAGGGAGCAGCUGCUGGGGUAUUCGCGUUGUGGAGAGACAGAAAGGAGACAUCUGGCAGCUGCGGAUGGUGCGUUGCAGCAGCAGCAGCUGCUUCUGCAGCAGCUGCAGUAGCAGCAGCUGCAGCAGCAACAGCAACAGCAGCAGCGUCUCUGUGUCCCUCGGGUUGCUGCCCCUCUAUUUACGCGUUUCACCUCUCCUUGCCUGCCUUUGCUUCUCUGUCUCUCUCUAUCGUCUUUAG